UUGUCAUGGCGUCCGUGGUGCUGAGCGAGGCGGAGAAAGUGUACAUCGUGCACGGUGUCCAGGAGGAUCUUCGAGUUGAUGGCCGUGGUUGUGAAGAUUAUAGAUGUAUUGAAGUGGAAACAGAUGUUGUAUCUAAUACAAGUGGUUCUGCUAGAGUAAAACUAGGACACACAGAUAUCCUGGUUGGAGUAAAAGCAGAAAUGGGAACUCCCAAGCUGGAUAGACCAAAUGAAGGCUACUUGGAAUUCUUUGUGGAUUGUUCAGCAAAUGCCACUCCUGAAUUUGAAGGCCGGGGCGGAGAAGAGCUUGGCACAGAAAUUGCAAACACCCUCUACAGAAUAUUUAACAACGAAAGUAGCAUAGACUUGAAGUUGCUUUGCAUUAAUCCCAGAGAGCACUGUUGGGUGCUUUAUGUAGAUGUCUUGCUACUGGAGUGUGGCGGCAACUUGUUCGAUGCUAUCUCUUUUGCGGUCAAAGCAGCGCUGUUUAAUACCAGGAUACCCAAAGUGCGUGUUUUGGAGGAAGAAGGAGGACGGGAAAUCGAGCUUUCUGAUGAUCCCUUUGACUGUAUUCGUCUUAAUGUGGAUAAUGUACCCUGCAUCGUCACACUAAGCAAAAUUGGCUAUAGGCACGUAGUGGAUGCCACCCUACAGGAGGAAGCGUGCUCUUUGGCUAGCCUCCUCAUUUCUGUGACCAGUGGAGGCGCCCUAACUUGUAUGAAGAAAGUGGGAAGAGGAAGUCUUGAUCCAGAAAGUAUAUUUGAGAUGAUGGAGACAGGAAAGAGAGUAGGCAAGUUGUUGCACAGCUCCCUGCAAACUGUCUUAGAUGAAGAAGAGAAUCUUGGAUCAACUCGCAAAAAAGUUGGAUUCUUGGGAUGAACUCCAUUGUCACAUCCAGCUGGAUGGAAAUCUAUUGAGGGUUUUUAUUUGU